CCCGCAGCGCGGCCCCGGUGCCGCUCAUCGCCGCGGCCGCCCCGCUCCGCCCCUUCCUGCGGCCCGAAUGGAGCUGUCGGCCGCCUGGCACACGCUCAGCACCGCGCUGGUGCCGCCCGCCGCGCUGGGGCUGGCAGCCCCGAGGCCCGAAGCUGCAGGGCCGCUCCAGGAUGCCGAGCUCCGGGCAGCCCUGGACGUGCUGCAGGGCUAUGACUUGCACUCCAUCGUGGAGGAGUGGUUCAUCGAGGUGCUGCAGACUGACCUGCAGGCCAAUAUCGCCCCCGAGUUCUGGAACUGCAUUGGGCAGUAUGAGAGCACGGCCGAGGAGCCCCAGUGCGCCGCGCUGCUGCUGGACGCCUUCAGUCUGCUCAAGUGCCGCCUGGAGCCCUACCUGAACAGCCUGGAGCUCCUGGAGCGGUGGACCAAGGCAGGCCUGCUCCGGGGCACAGGCGCUCAGACGCUGCAGGAGAAGGUCUACACCAUGUUCAAAGCUAUCCUCUUCUUCUCCACGACCAAAUCCUUCCAGGAGAUGAUCCAGCAGUUCUACAGCCGCACGUUCAGGAUAUACAUGCGGCAGUGGAAGAAAGGAGAAGAUGGAACGAAUGAGUGUGAGAGCAGCAUGAGUGAGACCGAGCAGGAGAGUGACCCAGAGGAGGGUGGAGGAGAGGGCCAGCUCUGUGCAGGCUGCAGCAGCAAGAGGGAGCAGUGCUGGUGCCCUGAAGCCAUGGAGCAGUUCCAGCAGCUCAAUGACAUUCUCCGCCGGCUGAAUCUGCUGGAGAGGGUGAGCGCCGACGCUGUCACCACCAUCCUGCACAGGAUGAUCGAGGAGAGGAUGGAGCAGCGCUGCCGUGGGGAAUACGAGCACUCCUUCCUCAGCGAGUUCCAGGAGUGGAUAGAGAAGGUGAUCGGGUGGCUCAGCAGGGUGUUCCUGCAGGAUGGCCCCUCAGCACAGCCCUCCCCCGAAGCCAGCAGCACCCUGAAGCACUGGCGCCGCCACGUCCAGAGGUUCUUCUAUCGCAUCUACGCCAGCAUGCGCAUCGAGGAGCUCUUCAGCAUCAUCCGAGAUUUCCCAGAGUCAAAGCCUGCUGUGGAGGAUCUCAAGUUUUGCCUGGAAAGGACUAACCAGAGGCAGCAACUGCUCAGCUCCCUGAAAAGUGCUCUGGAAAUGAGACUUCUGCACCCUGGAGUCAACACCUCCGACAUCAUCACUCUGUACAUCUCGGCCAUCAAGGCCCUGCGGGAGCUGGACCCUUCCAUGGUUAUCCUGGAGGUUGCCUGUGAGCCCAUCAGGAAGUACCUGAGGACUCGGGAGGACACGGUGCGGCAGAUCGUGGCUGGUCUCACGGGGGAUGCUGAGGGCUCGGGUGACCUGGCCAACGAGCUCUCCAAAGCUGACCCAGUGACCCUGGAGAACGGCCAGGAGAGUGAUGAUGACAUCUCAGAGCCAGGGGACUGGGUUCCUGACCCAGUCGAUGCAGAUCCAGGGAAAUCGAGCUCCAAGCGUCGCUCCUCAGACAUCAUCAGCCUCCUGGUGAGCAUCUACGGCAGCAAGGACCUGUUCAUCAACGAGUACCGCACACUGCUGGCCGACCGGCUGCUGCACCAGUUCAACUACAGCGCUGAGAGGGAAAUCCGUAACGUGGAGCUGCUGAAGCUGAGGUUUGGUGAAGCUCAGAUGCACUACUGUGAAGUCAUGUUAAAAGACAUGGCCGACUCACGGCGCAUCAACGCCAACAUUCGGGAUGAGGAGGAGAAGCUCCCUGAGGAGGAGAGGCCUCCCUUCAGCCUCGUGGCCGUUAUCCUGUCCAGUGAGUUCUGGCCACCUCUCAAAGAGGAGAAGCUGGAGCUUCCAGAGCAGGUCAAGGAAGCCAUGGAAGCAUAUUCCAAGAAGUAUGAGAAAUUAAAGGCCAUGAGGACCCUGAACUGGAAGUACCACCUGGGGCUGGUGAGCCUGGACGUGGAGCUGGCUGAUCGCACGCUCUCCCUGUCCGUGUCUCCUGUGCACGCUGCCAUCAUCCUGCACUUCCAGACCAAGAGCACCUGGACACUGACAGAGCUGAGUGAAGUGCUCAAGGUGCCCGUGACGUCGCUGAAGAGGAAGAUGACGCUGUGGCUGCAGCAGGGAGUCCUGCGGGAAGAGCCUGAGGGCACCUUCACUGUCAUUGAGGAGGAGCAGAAGGACCAGGUGGAGAAGGUUGUUCUGAUUGACAGUGACGAGGAGGGGGACUCUGCCAUGGCCUCACAGGCUGACCAGAAGGAGGAGGAGCUGCAGCUGUUCUGGACGUACAUCCAGGCCAUGCUGACCAACCUGGAGAGCCUGUCCCUGGAGAGGAUUCACAGCAUGCUCAAGAUGUUUGUGAUGACCGGCCCCGUGGUUACCGAGAUCGAUAUCCAGGAGCUGCAGGGAUUCCUGCAGAAGAAGGUCCGGGACCAGCAGCUCAUCUACUCAGGGGGGGUCUAUCGCCUGCCCAAGAACUGCAACUGAUCUGGCACUGUCCCUGCCCCCCUGGGCACUGCUCUGCUCCAGGGUGCCACCAGCUCUCAGUGUCCUGCUGGGGGUGCUCUGCCCUGGGGGUUUGCUGUACCCCCUUCCCCAAACGGGUGUCACUUCCCACAUGGAGGCAGCUCAGCAGCAGCCUGGACACCCCACAACGUCUGGGUCUGCUCCCCACAUUCCUCCCUCCCCUACCUGAGUGCCUGGGCCCACCUCUCUGGUUAAUAAAUAACAGUAGGCUCAUUUUUCCAAUGGUGCCAACUCUUCCCUCUUGGUGCCUCCCCACUCUGGAAGGGCAGGCAGGAAGCUCCCCGGUCUGCCAGGCACCAUCCCCCUUUCCUUGGGUCUCCAUGGAGCCCCAGGAGGUUUUGGGAGGGGUCUGUUGGCUCCAGCUGCUGUCUGAGGCUCUGUGUGUGGCUUGUGUCUUGCAGCUGGAUGUGAUGAGUGAGACCUUGCCCAAAAUCAAGGCUUGGUGCUGUCUCUGACAGGGAGGGAACAACUCCAGGGUGUCCUUAUUUGGGACCCUUAAACUGUGUGGAAUAAUUUUAUUGUAGGAUGAAGAACGCUUUAGAUGGAUAAGAUGUAGCAGUUCUUCAGGGAAAGCUGGUUAGUCCUGGAGGAGAUCCAGUGGAUUAUCCAGGCCCUGGUGGGAUUGCUUUGCCCUGUCUGUGUCCCAGCACCACAGAGCUGCCCUCAGGGACAGGGUCCUGGGGAUCUUCAGAGCUGUUGGCACCACACGAGGAAAUUGGGUGGGAUAAUCCCAGAGCUCCUGGUUAAACAGUUUAACACUGCCCCCCACCCAGCUAUGGAGCAGCUUCAGGAUUGUAUCACAGCCCCAGUCCAGGGUGUUCAGGCUCCCUCAGUCCUGCUUUCCACAAGGGUUUUGCUCAUUAGGAGGAAUAUGCUGGGAAAAUCCAGCUUUUGCUAAAAAGAUGUUUUCUGUGAAGCAACCAUUGAGUUUCCACAGCCCAGGCAGGGAGUCUUUCUCCUCCUCUGCUGAAUCUUCAAUCCCAGCCUGUGAGUGCUGUGGCAGCUGGGAUUGAGAAUUGACAGAGCCACAGGUAAGACACAGGAGCAGCUGUGAGUGUGCCAUCCAUCCAGGUGUGUGAGAAACCCAAGGAACAUAGAAAUCACCCCCUAUUUAACACUGAACCUUGUUUUUCAGUGCCUAGAACCCACAAGUCCUCAUGGCAUCCCUCCUGCAGAUUCAGGCAGCAGGAUGCCACAGUUCUCUCCCCCUUGGGCAUGUUGGUGUUUUCUUCUGUGGAUAAAGCACAAUUUCUUGAUCCCCCUGGGGCACUUUGCUCCAGCCUGGUAGGGUGUGGCACUGGGAACCUGGUGCAUCCUCUUGUGAAGGUUCCUUGUGCUGAAGAGGGUCUGGGUGAUAACUGAAUAAACCCCAGUCUGUGAUUACUUCAGGUAAAGCAAAAAAACCCCAAAGGGCAGCAAAUCCACAAUGGCAUCAGCAGGGAAAGGAUGGACAUCCAUGCCUGAAUGCCCAAGGAUGCCUGAAUGCCCUUUCCUCCUCUCUCCUCCUCUCCUCCUCUCCCUUCUCCUCCUCUCUUCAUUUUACUUUUUUCAUGGUAGAACACUGAUCACGUGGAAGGAUGUGGAAGGGCUGGAGUGGGGGUCAGUGGGGUCAGUGCCUGCCACCCCCAUCCCCCAGAGUGUCUGGGGUGUGCCAGCCCCAUCCCACAGGGUGUCCCAAGGAGUGUCUGGGUGCACUGCGACUGCGACAGGGCAGUGAAAAGGCUCCUUUUGAUGUGGGGAGAUCAAAGCAGCUGCCAGUUUGGGGCAGAGCUGGCAGCAGGGCUGUCCCUGCUCACCACAGAGCCAGAGCCACUGCUGGGACAUGGCCCAGGGUGACUCAGAGCCUUGGCUGUGUCUGCUUUGCUUAUGGAUGCAAAAAUCUUGAUUUCUUUACAUGUUGUGCAGGUGAAUUUAUUGCUCUGUGGUGCUUCCUCGCCCCCAGUGCAGGAGCUGUGGGGCAGUGAGUGUGUCCUGUGCCCCAUCCCAGCAGCAUUCCCAGACUCUGGGAUGAGAUGAGGGGCACCCCCAGCCCUUCCCAAAGCCAUGGCUGUGCCCUGGAAGGGCAGGGGAUGAGCAUCAUUCCAAUCCCGACUUCUCCCAGCUCCCUCAUGCUGCCCCAAGGUCUGAACCCGUUGGGUGUGGUGAGUUAGUCCAUCCUGAGCCAGAGGAUGAGCAAUGCCACCGCUGAGGGGACGUGGAGUCACCUCUCUGCCCAUGGGAGGUCCCAGCCUGGCGGAGCCAGAGCCACCAGCUGAGCUGUGGUGUGGUUGUUUCAAAGUGUUACAGCAGGAAAAGUUCUGGUUUAAUGACUGCUUCAGCCUUCAUGGAAUAU